AUGCUUGCCAAAGGAAAAGUUGCCGUGGCAGACAGCGUUUUAGAGGGCCGAGGAGCUGAGCAACCUAGUUCAACUAGAAAGGCUGUCUCGGAUAAAGCAGUAGCCCGGAACGAGGCCGUUGGCAGGAAAAGAAAGGUGCUGUCCCAGCAACUCAGCAGCAGCUCCGAUGAUGGUGAGGACGAUGACGACUACGACGACGACUGGGUGCCAAAGAGACUCCUUCUGGAGGAGCAGCGCAAGGUGUCCGUGCUUCGCCAGAAACUUCACUCUCUGCGACAGAAGCACGAGAAGCUCCAAAUGCGCCACGAUCGCCUCGAGGAUCUCAUGCUGGGCAGGCUGGAGUCCUGGUCCACCUCAAAUGGAGGAAAUGACACCCACUUCCACGAGAUAUUAAUCUCGGCAUUGUUGUUCCAACAGGCCGCACUGCACUCGUCAACCACUCAGUUUGGCACCUUUGCAGAGCGUGAGAACCCCGUUCUUUCAACACGGAAUCCCGUUUUACCCCUGACGCACCAUCCUACGGGCCCCAACACUGCAGAAUGCAAUGCUGUCCAGGGCACAAAGACGGCAGCAGCCAUCGUCGUGCAGGCAUCAGCAGUGCCAGCACCACCAGAGAGGGAGACAGCAAAAGGAGUGAGCUACCAAGGAGUGGGAGAACAGCUUGGGGGGAGGGAUCAGCCGGUCCACUCCUCCUUGGCACCGGGGAAUCCUGGCAUGGAGAAUCGAGGAGGAGCGACCCCAGCGCUGUUUGUCGAAGUGGAUGGACAGGUCCACCUUGGCAACAAUGUCUUUGUGCCGACAUCCAAGUGGCAGUGGCUUCAGCAGCGCACGCGGGACUCUCUGUUCUGCAAGGAGGUUGCCAGAGCCAUCUGGGGAACUGCUGGCCUCAAAGGACGCAGUGUCACUGGCACCAUCUGCAGGAGGUUUGUGAACACAGACGUCGCUGCGACUGCUAAGCGGGCCCUCACACCCAGCAAGCUGGAAGCGGUCGGAAAUGCAUUCGACAAGUUCAUCGAAGAAAAUUCCUCCACAGAGACAAAGAAGCAAAGGCGGGCAAAGAUGAAUAGGUACAUUGCAGAAAUGCUACAGGACAUGAAUAAGUAAUACCAUUCUUUAGCAUAUCUGUAAUAUAAUAUCUAUAUAUAAUAUAUAAUAUAAAAGUAAAAUAAUAAGACGUGGACCACAGAUUACAGGAAAGUUAACAAAAACUAAUAGUGGCACUGUCGAAACGUCGACCAUUCUGUUAUAAUCUGUGUGUUAAAUUACCCAUUAAACAAAUUAGUUUUUAACAUUCCUGUAAACUGUCGUCCACGCCUUAUUAUUUUACUUUUAAUAAAUAUAUAUAUAUAUAUAUAUAUCUACUGUAAUAUAAUGUAUAUAUUGUCAUCUGUAUGCAGGGUGGCCCACCAACCA